AUGGAUAAGCUUGGGAAGGGCUCCAGUGGUCAGGAAACCAGACAAUCCCGCAAUUUGCUGAGUUUUCCCUCCUCAUCAACGCUCUCGCGGCGUGGAAAAGCUCAGCUUGUCGCAAAUUCAAAGAGGGCCAAGGUAAAGCCUUUUUGGAAAACAUGGACUCGAAAGAAAGGAUCCAAAGUGGAGCUCUCUAGCCAUACUGAUAAAUUACGAGCAAUUUACGGCACAGAACUAUCUCUGGUCACUGCCCUAGUGGUCUGUUUUGUCAUGGCCAUUUUGUUGAUGAUCGUAAAAGAGGUGGGGCAAACAGCAAGAUAUUGCAUCAAAUGGGAUUUUUGGACAAUUCUCGUUACGGGAAAGAGAAACUCGGUUGUGAGCAUAGUGCAAAGUGCAUGCUACAAAAUUUGGGAGGCCUCGUAG